GGCGUGUCGGGCGUGGUGACGCAAGAAGCGCAGCGCGCGGGCGGCCACGCAGGGCGCGUGCGCGGGGUCGGGUGCGCCGGCGGGUGCGGCGGAGCCGGUGCUGCGGGGCUGCGCGCGCCAUGUCGGGGCGCUCGGUGCGGGCCGAGACCCGCAGCCGCGCCAAGGAUGACAUCAAGAAGGUGAUGGCAGCCAUCGAGCGCGUCCGCAGAUGGGAGAAGAAGUGGGUGACGGUGGGCGACACGUCCCUGCGGAUAUUCAAGUGGGUGCCAGUGGCGGACACUAAGGAGAAAGAGAAAUCCAAAUCGAAUAGCAGCACGGCCCGAGAACCCAAUGGCUUCCCAGCUGACACCUCUGCCAACUCCUCCCUCCUUCUGGAGUUCCAAGGUGCUGUUUCUGCAGAUGAGAACAGCAACCAGAGCUCCCUGUCUGAUGUAUACCAGCUCAAGGUGGACAGCAGUCCCAACUCCAGCCCCAGUCCUCAGCAGAGUGAGUCCAUGAGUCCUGCCCACACGUCUGACUUCCGCACAGACGACUCGCAGCCUCCUACCCUGGGGCAGGAGACUUUGGAAGAGCCCUCCCUGCCUUCCUCAGAAGUGGCAGAUGAGCCUCCCACUCUCACAAAGGAAGAGCCAGUCCCCCUUGAGACUCAGGUAACUGAAGAGGAUGAGGACUCUGGUGCACCACCUCUGAAGAGAUUUUGUGCUGACCAGAACUCUGUGUGCCACACAGCCUCGGAGAGCUAACCUGCCUGGCCCGGCACCUUUGCCAGCCCCUUGCAGAACCACCUGGCCCCCCAGGACCAGCGCUUCCCUCCAGCCUGCCCCUUCCCCAGUGUUGGGGCUCCCACCACUCGCAUCAAGUGCGCCCUGCCCUGCCCUGCCCUGCCCUGCCCUGCCCUGCCCUGCCCGAUGGAUGGGGCUGCUGCCAGUACCUGCAAAUUUGCCUCUAUUUAUUGGCUCCCUCUCUCCCUGCUCUCUGCGCUAGAGCUGGGGCUCUCUGCUGGGGGGGGUGCAUGUGUGGAGGCGUUCUCCAUGGGGCUCCCUGCUCUCCAUGGUCCCCAGGACACUGGCAGAUGCUGUUUGCCUGCUUGUGGCUCCCCUGCCUGCCCUUCCCCUGGGUGCUGGGAACAGGAGAGCCACCUUCCACCUGCUCUGGGUGAUGUGUUCACUCCGUUGUGCGAGCAGGUGGUGGUCAGGGUGUGGGGGGCAGUGAGGGGUUGGCUGGCAGGGACCCACUGGGACGCUGUGCAAUAAGCUGCUAGUUUAAGCCAUUCAUGCUGGGAAAGAGGGGAGUGCUUUCUCCUCCUGGAGGGCAGGUACUGACCGGCCUCGGCUCUGCCUCGGAGCACAACUCCAGCCGAGUGGAAUUUGCAGUCCCCCGGGAGCCGGCAGAGCAGGGGGAGGCGCUGCCCUGUGCUGGAGGGCCUUGCCCCGGCCUAGGUACCCGCUAUCCCCGAGGUGGGAAAGGAAGCAGUAGGGUGCUGGAGCUCCCGGGAAGCGCUCCCGCCCUGGGGCUCUGCCGCCCCCCCAAUACCCGCUGCCCCCCCAGCCCCACUCUCCCCCCGCUGCCACUGCAUGUCCCGCCGAGUCCGUGAUCGAGCCUGCUGAAGCUGGAGGCGCGGCCGCGCGUGGAAGUGGAAAGUUAUUUUAGCACUGAAUAGAAUAUUUUUAAAAUUAAACUUUGAAAUACACA